UGGAGUGUGGUCUGGUCUGUGGAGCCACCCCAAGAGCCGGAGCUGCCAUAUCCCCUCUUCCACUUCCCGCUGCAAACAAUAAAGGUCGUUCGUACGGUACUAAGUUUGUGUCCGCGUUCUUUUUUCCCGAAGCUGCAGGGUUAGGGAAGCUUUACGCGUCAUUCCGCACAGCGGAUUUUGCAAAUCUUCACUUGGAUCUCAGGCCCCAGCCGGAGUACGGGCGACAUUUUCACACAAGUUUCCCUGGGCGACCUUGCCGGCACCUCCGGAUGGCUGCUUUGCGCCGAACCCUCCAUCUGGCGAGCCUGGCGGCGGGGACGCGCCGCACCGUGGCGGGUUCCUUGGCUGGUAGCUGCCUGGCGGACCGCUCCCUCUGGGAUAAGCUCCACGCCCAACCCCGUCAGGGCAGCGUCUGCACCUUCGACUGGUUCUUUGGAUACGAAGAAGCCCAGGGGCUCCUGCUGCCGCUGUUGGAAAAGUCAUGGGCUGCCUGUCCACCCCGGGUGUUGGACGUGGGCUGUGGGACCUCCAGCUUGUGUACAGGUCUCUAUACCAAAUGCCGACACCCCGUGGACGUGUUGGGGGUGGACUUCUCGCCGGUAGCUGUGGCCCACAUGAACAGUCUCCUGGAAGGUGGCCAAGGCCAAGCACCCCUAUGCCCUGGACACCCUGAGUCAAGCCUCCAUUUCAUGCAGGCUGAUGGCCAGAAUCUGCAGCCACUGGCUUCCUCAGGCUCCUUUCAGCUAGUACUGGACAAGGGCACCUGGGAUGCUGUUGCCCGGGGUGGUCUGCCAGGGGCUUACCAGCUCCUGGCAGAAUGUCUGAGGGUCCUAAGCCCCCAGGGGACCCUGAUUCAGUUCUCAGAUGAGGAUCCUGAUGUGCGGCUCCCCUGCCUAGAGAAAGGGUCCCAGGGCCGGACUGUGACUGUGCAGGAGCUGGGCCCUUUCAGGGGCAUCACCUACUUUGCUUACGUGGUUCAAGGCUCUGAUUAAAGAUGUUUUA